CUCCGCGGGUGGCAUGGCUUCCCGGCUCUGUGAGCUCCCGUACGGCUAGAGAGGGCUGCCUCCCGGUGCCCGCGCGUGCGGAGGUCCGAGAGUCCGUUCCUCCGGCGCUUAGGGCUCGGGCUCUGAGGAGGAUGGAUUCAUCUGUGGAUGUGUGGGACCUCACUUCACCUUUGCUAUCAUUGUGGAUAAACCGCUUUUACAUUUACUUGGGCUUUGCUUUGGGCAUUAGCCUUUGGAUUUGUGUCCAGAUUAUCCUCAAGAAGCAGGCCAAGAACUCACAGGAGAAAUGUAUUCCAAAAGGAACUCAGGAUUUGAUGAUGAAAGGUUCGAUCUCUCUUCAAAAGAAGCAGGUCUUUGUGUCUGGAGUGAAGAUUUUCUAUGGCUCUCAGACUGGCACAGCAAAGGCCACCAGUAAGGGUGUGUGUGUCUUUCUACUCGCCACGUACACGGAUGGCCAGCCCACCGAGAGCGCACAGUGGUUCUGCAAAUGGCUCCAGGAAGCAGCCCAUGAUUUUCGAUAUGGCAAAACUUACCUGGAGGGGAUGAGAUAUGCUGUGUUUGGCUUGGGAAACUCUGCCUAUCUGAGCCACUUCAACAAGGUUGGCAGAAGUGUUGACAAGUGGCUCUGGAUGCUGGGUGCGCAGCGUGUGCUGGCUCGGGGAGAGGGCGACUGUGAUGUGGUGAAGAGCAAACACGGUAGCAUCGAAGCUGACUUCAGAGCUUGGAAGGCCAAGUUCACCUCCCGGCUGCAGGCUCUUCGUAAAGGAGAGAAAAAGCCCUGCAGUGGGAACUGCAAGAGAGGCAAGUGCAAGUCCAAGCAGCAAGGCCCCGAGCAAACGGAGCUGGAGUCUCACCUUCAUGAGGGACUGCAUCACAGAGACACUGAGGAGGAGGAGCCCUGCGAGAGCAGCAGUGAGGAGGAGGAUGGCAGCAAUGGCCACCAGAGCCUGAAUUCUGUGGUUGAUGUUGAAGAUCUUGGCAAAAUUAUGGAUCACAUGAAGAAGGAAAAGAGAGAAAAGGACCAGCAGGAAGAGAAGAUGAGUCUGUUGAGAACAGGGAAGAGUGAAGAUGGAGAUGGAAGAGCCAUGAUAACACCUGCUCUCCGAGAUGCCCUUACAAAACAAGGUUAUCAGCUGAUUGGGAGCCACUCUGGGGUGAAGCUGUGCAGAUGGACAAAGGCGAUGCUUCGAGGGAGAGGUGGUUGUUAUAAACACACGUUCUAUGGCAUUGAGAGUCACCGCUGCAUGGAGCUCACCCCUAGCCUGGCCUGUGCAAACAAGUGUGUCUUCUGCUGGCGGCAUCACACCAACCCUGUGGGCACUGAAUGGCGGUGGAAGAUGGACCAGCCAGAGAUGAUCUUAAAGGAAGCCAUCGAAAGCCAUCAGCGCAUGAUUAGGCAGUUUAAAGGAGUGCCGGGUGUCCAGGCAGAGCGCUUCCAGGAAGGGCUGGAGGUGAGGCACUGUGCACUGUCCCUGGUAGGGGAGCCCAUCAUGUACCCUGAAAUCAAUGCAUUCCUGGAGCUGCUCCACCAGUGUAAAAUCUCUAGCUUCCUUGUCACGAACGCACAGUUCCCCAAGGAAAUCAGAAACCUGAAGCCAGUCACGCAGCUCUAUGUCAGCGUGGAUGCUAGCACCAAAGACAGCCUGAGAAAAAUUGACCGCCCACUCUUCAAGGAUUUCUGGCAGAGGUUCCUUGACAGCUUGAAAGCCUUAGCUGCCAAGGAGCAACGCACUGUCUACAGACUGACACUGGUCAAGUCUUGGAACGUGGAUGAGCUCCAGGCUUAUGCCCGGCUAGUGUCCCUGGGGAACCCCGACUUCAUCGAGGUGAAGGGUGUCACCUACUGUGGAGAGAGCUCGGCCAGCAGCCUCACCAUGGCCAAUGUGCCCUGGCACGAGGAAGUGGUGCGCUUUGUUCAGGAGCUGGUGGAGCUGAUCCCCGACUACGAACUCGCCUGUGAGCACGAGCACUCCAACUGCCUGCUGAUAGCACACAGGAAGUUUAAGAUUGAUGGGGAAUGGUGGACAUGGAUUGAUUACGGACGCUUCCAGGAGCUCAUCCAGCGGUAUGAAGGCAGUGGUGGCUCAGAGACCUUUGGUGCAAAGGACUACAUGGCCCGGACUCCCUUCUGGGCACUGUUUGGUGCCCAGGAGCGAGGCUUUGAUCCCAGGGACACAAGGCAUCAGAGGAAGAGCAGAUCGAAGGACGUUUCUGGAUGCUGAGCUUAUCUGACUUGAGGAUGCCAAAGGACACCAGCCAGAUGUCCCGGGUGGUUCCUGGGCUCCCUCCCACAGCCUUUCCAAGGACACCUGUCAUACUGCUUCUGCCCUACAGAGACAGCAGCCAGCCUGUCACGCCUUUCUACCAGAGCUCAGCUCUUCCUCCUCGAUCUUAUAUCUGAGAAGAAUAU